GUAUUCAAACUGUUGAUUUUGUGCAUUGGUCUUUUUUCUCUGACCGUUUCGGCUUCCUCUUUGAGCAAACGUGGCCUUGAGGAAAAGGUAAGCCGUGUAAAAUUUCCCCCUAGGACUUAACAAUCACUAAUGACUGAAAAGCCUAUAGAAUGAAUACCCCCUUAAAGCUUGAAUCAUGUUAAAGGGGGUCUUUACAUCGUUUUGACGUCGAAAAGUUAAAAUACAUGUGAAAUGUACCACAUUAGAAAAAACUAGUUCUCUGACGUCAUCAGGCAGUAGCCGAAAACUGUGACGUAACGGCAUAUAGUAUGUAACACAAAAAUCAAGUGUUAGUACUUUUAAAGUUUCACGACUGAAACUAAAGUAAGUGUUUUUGAACAUUGAAUUGGUUAGUCUGUAGCUAAUUAACAAAAUAUCGUUCAGAUGUUUAAGAUUGGCGAUAGUGAGUUACGUGAAAGUAAAUCAUAAAAUUAUAUGCUAUUCCUAGCAGGAUUCCACUGCCAAAUACACGAUAAGGAUGUCUGUAAAUGGAACAGAAUUCGACGAAGAGGUAGAGGUCGAUAAAGAAAAGGAGACAGAAACUUUCCACAUGCCAAAGAUUUCAUCGGAUAACGCCGCGGGAGACGUAAUCUACGAUUUCAAGAGGGUAAGGGAACAAAAUAAGGCUCUAACGAUGGCAUAACCUCACAGAUAUGAAAUAAGGCUAGGCUGGGUAUAGAACUAAUGGUUAUACAGUGUGGCUGAUGAUUAAAUUACUUAACUUUCUAGACAACUCUUCUGGCGCAGCUCAGUUCAUAUUUUUACUCGGCUUGGGCUAACCAUCUAAAUGGGUUUGCUUCGAUUGACUGUCCGUACAGCGAAAACAUCUGGUCAGUUUAUUUCUUAGCACUACAAGUGUAUUCACUUUUUUAAUAUGAACUGAAGUGUGGAAUAGAAUACUAGAAAGUGGAAUAGAAAAGUGCUGAUAUGCGAUGAAGAACAAUUUAAUAAUUGUGGGCCCAAAACAGCUUCUGUCAUUUGUAAUUGUUUCGUAAUUGUAAUUAUGCAAGAAAAGCUGGAAUGGGAUCUAAAAAUUGAAGUAGCUUUUUUUGUGAUAAUUUGCCGCAGAAUUUGACCAUGUUCCGAGUGACAGAAGCAAAAGCUUGCUAUUUAAGAAAAUCGACUCGUGAUGCUCGCAAGCCAGCCGACCUACAGCAACUUCUAGAAGUGGUAAGUACAUCGUACAUGAAGCUGUAUAUUCAUAAUUCCGGUAAAUUCCUUGUUUAGAAUUCAGAACAAAAGCAUGGAAUGAAAUGCCUUUAACACUAAGAAAAUCAGUUGCCCAAAAUGCAUGUAAAGGGAAUGUAAACCAAACUUACUUUGGCAGACUCUUAUUUUGGCUGUGAAGGAAUCAAUCAAAAAGUCAAGUUUUUGGUCCUUCCCCCACCCCUCGGAUAAUUGGCAGCAGCUAUCUCAGGUGCUCUUGUAAACUUUGGUAGAAUUAAUGUCUAACGUGGCUAAUAACAUUACUUCGAUCAGAAUGUUUUACUUAGCUUGCGGAGCAAGCGUUUCCGUGUGGUUUCGGAGCAAAGAAAGACUACCGAGGAACGACGAGGAACGGGAUUUUCAGAGCGGCAUUUGACUCUCGUUCCUCUUUCUUUGCUCGGAAACCGCACGGAAACGCUUUGCUACCCAGGCUAUCGUUUACUUUACUGUACAUGCUUGUAUGGUUUCUUCCAUGAAGCACGACCCCAUAAAUUAGCACAAGAUUCGAGGGCAUGUCAAAAUUAUAAAGUUACUCAAGAGGCCCACAUAGCCAUCCUCGGAGACCCAGGGGCAGUUAGUCGGGUCGAUAAAAUGUUCGUGGCGAAAGUUUACUGUAAGGUCGAGAUCGUCUCGACCUUACUCGGCCCCCUCUACUCCUACGGGCCUUGAUCACCUACAAAACGGUUGAUUCUCAAUUUUCUUUGUCUUCUAGCCGUGGAACACAAAGGAAAUUGAGAAUCAACCUAGGUUAAAUCUAUGACAUCUUCAGAAUGCUAUGGUACAAUGUUUUUCCACGUUAUUGACGGAGGAGUUUAGAGCUUCCUUGAAUUUAUGAAAAUUCAUAAUUAAAGUCAACCGAACAUAAAAGUAGUUAUGUUAAAGUAGCUCUUAAUCCGGCCUUUCCGUAGAUUUUAUUUUAGACUUUGCAAAAUUGGCAAAUCAUCAAAUAGUAGCAUUGAUUGGUUCUUUUAAUCAGAUAACGUGCAUAUUCAGCAAUUAAUGUUUGUUGUUGUAAUGAACCGUUUAAAUAGGCAACUCACAAUGGUGUAAUAGUAGUACCUCAAACAGAAGUCAAACUAAAAGUUGUCUCCACCAUCGACGACCGUUCUGAUCUGAGUGAUGAAAUGGCAAAUCUAUGUGCAAACCUCCCUAUUCACGAGGUGGAUGAAGGAGAAUUAGACCUGACUCACCUGAACCAAAAUACCAGAGUGGCACGAAGGCCCGCUAAUCGUAAGUAA